AUGCCUCAAAUCCCAGAAACCGAACUCAACCCCGAGCGUAUCGCAUGGGCCCGCGAGAACUUGAAGAACUUACCCGAGGGUGACGCCUACGAUCAAAUGAUCUCUGGAGUAGCUUACGACUAUACUGAUUCGAACUUGUACAUGAGAAGACUCACUGUGCACGAAAUGACCGAUGACUACAGACUCCUCCGGUUCAGAGACUCUAACUUUGAUGUCACCAUGCACAGAGCCAGACGUAACAAGUUCUUGGAGCGCAUUUUGGGUAAGAUGGACAAGAGCACAUUCAUUGAGCCACCAUUCUUUGUGGAUUACGGAUCGAACAUUUCGGUGGGCAAGAACUUCUACGCCAACUUCAACACCACCUUUUUGGACUGCUCGCUCAUCACUUUUGGUGACAAUGUGUUGAUUGGUCCUAACUGUUCGUUCAUCACCGUCACCCACCCAACCGACCCUACUGAGAGAGCUAAGGGUCUUGAGUUUGCCAAGCCCAUCAACAUCGGUAGUCGUACCUGGUUUGGCGCCAAUGUGACUGUCAUGCCGGGCGUGACUAUUGGAGAUGGUGCCGUUUGUGCGGCUGGUACUGUUAUCACCAAGGAUGUUCCUGCCAACACGGUGGUAAUGGGUGUGCCGGCCAAGGUCGUGGAGCACAUGACUCCAGAGCAAUUUAAAAAAGAAAACGGUGAAUCCAAAUAG